UGGCAAACUUCAUUCCGUCGGAGAAUUUUCCCCAGAACAGACGUUACGUAUUUUCCGUAUUUUCUGCGUAAACCGCAAACUGUAAUUAUAAUAUAUCGAAUAGAUAACUGCUAUAUUAAAGUUCUUUUUAAAUCAUAAUGUAAUCGGAUGUUGUUGAAAUAUGCAUAAAAAUAGUUAUAAAUUAAAAUGCAGUUUCGAAGAAACAAUUUACCUACUAGGUUAACUAAAACAUACGUGUAGAGGAAAAGCGGAAAGGAAAAGGAAGAUACUAAAGCAUUAUAAGUACAUAAGAUAAAUAGGAAAAAUGGCUGAGCCAAUUUUCGGUAUAUGGGACUACAUCAUCAUGUCUGCCACAAUGAUAGCAUCUGUUCUUAUUGGACUUUAUUUCCGGUUUAGUGGAGGAAAACAAAAAACGAAUGACGAAUAUCUCCUAGCUGAUCGGAACAUGUCGAUAUUUCCCGUGGCUGUAUCAUUAAUGGCGUCUUUUAUGUCGGCCAUCACCCUCUUAGGGGUAUCAGCUGAAAAUUAUUACUACGGCAUGAUAUUUAUAGUAAUUAACAUAUCGUACGGAAUCGCCACCCCAAUAGCGUCAAAAUUAUAUCUUCCAGUAUUUUUUGGACUACAGAAAACUAGUACUUACGAAUACUUAGAGUUACGGUUUGGGCCACGAAUAAGAGUGUUAGCAUCUUUAACUUACACAUUACAAAUGGUUUUAUACAAUGGUAUAGUUUUAUAUGCCCCUGCUAUUGUUUUGGAAUCAGUUACAGGUCUUGAUAGACUGAUUUCCAUACUUGUAGUUGGGUUGGCUUGUACGUUUUAUUCAACUUUGGGAGGAAUGAAGGCUGUAUUGUUCACAGAUUUGUUACAGUCUUUUCUCAUGUUCGUGGCCGUAUUUAGUAUUGUCAUCUUCGCGUCAGUGCAACUUGGUGGGUUUGAGCAAAUCUUCAUCAAAGCACGAGAAGGCGGGCGAUUAGAUUUUUCAAAUUUCAGCGUAGACCCAACGGAAAGACACACGUGGUGGUCAUUGAUCAUUGGUGGAUGCGUUACAUAUCUAUCUUUAUACGCUGUCAAUCAUACGCAGGUACAACGCCUACAAACUGUGAGCACGUUGGAUCGAUCACAGAAGUGCCUAUGGUGGAGUUGGCCUGUGCUUUCGGUUCUAAGUUUUGCCACUUGCACGAGUGGCUUGAGCAUGUACGCCGUAUAUGAGGAUUGUGAUCCGUUGGCAAGCAAACGCAUAAGUGCAAUUGACCAGCUAAUGCCAUACUACGUGGUGGACGUGAUGAAGUCAGUGCCGGGCCUGGCGGGCCUGUUCGUAGCCGGCAUAUUCAGCGCCUCUCUGUCCACAAUAUCUGCCGCCUGUAAUGCACUUGCCGCCGUUACUUUAUCUGACUACGUUGGAAGAUGGUGUAAAGUCAAUCCAUCUUACGUACCUUGGCUAACAAAACUUGCAGCCUGUGCCUUCGGCCUAGUGUUUCUUGCCUUGGCCUUUAUUGCGGAACACUUGGGCGGAGUCCUCCAGGCUGCCUUAACUAUAUUCGGUGCGGUGGGUGGACCUCUACUGGGCUUAUUUACCCUGGGAAUGUUCACCACUUAUGCUAAUGAAAUGGGUGUAUCGGUAGCACUAUUGAGUGGUAUGGCAAUGACGCUUUGGAUAAGUUUCGGGGGCCCUCGGCCGUCGCCGGUAAAGCUGCCAGUCAGUGUGGAAGGAUGCCCCUUUAACGGUACAUUGCCGAUACAAACUCCGUCCCAACCUAGCGAUUAUUUCUACUUGUACAGGAUCUCGUAUAUGUGGACGAGUCCGAUUGGCUUCAUAUGGGUCCUCGUGGUAGGCUCUGUGAUAUCUCUCAUUUGGAAACAGCAACAGCCGUGGCAGAAAGCAGGCCAUACUCACCCCGACCCCGCACUCUUCACACCACCUUUGGCAAGUAGGCUAAGGUUACGAAAUGAAGAAAAACCCAGUAUUCAGAUGGAAACAACCACAGCACGCUGAACUCUUGAAAGCUCGAGCAUUCAAUUAUACCUAAUAAGUACCUAUUUAUAUAAGAAGAACGCAUACGCAAGUAUUGUUAGUAUUAACAAAUUAUGCUUAUUAUGAUAAGAAGAUGUUCCUAAAUAACAAGAAAUCCAACAAGGAUAGAAGAUUUCUUGUAUAUUUCUUGAACAAGGAUAGAUAUUAUUUAUCCUUCUUCCUUUACAACCUCUCCAGUCUCCUGCAAAGUUUCACUGGUCUCAACUGGGAUCUCUUAUAGAGAUAAGUGUCCACUUUUUAACUAUAAUUUUUUACCGUUACAAAUUGGUACGAAUAAAAUAAAAAGGAAAUUGUUAUGUUAAAGAUGAAACUGUGAUAAUAAUGCAACAUGUGCUUCCAAACAGCUUCGUACUUAUUAAAAUACGUACUUAAAAUCGCAACAUCCUCGGAAACCAAAAAAAUGUAUGUUAGUACCUAUUAUGCGACAAUAACCGAUUCUUAAAACUAGUCUAGAACUUAGAACUAAGUCUAGAUACUAUCAUUUUAAAAUUGAAAAUA